AUGAAGACACAUUUAGGCACAUGCCCUCAGAAUCCCAACAAGAAGCAGAAGGGUCAGAAGAAUUUGAUGUUUCCACCUCCAAGACCAGGACAGUCAUCACAACUGGUUGCUGUAAGUUAUGACAAGGAUAUGUGUAGAAGAAGAUUGGCUGAGUUUGUCAUCAUAGAUGAACUUCCAUUUAAAAUUGUAGAAGGAGAAGGGUUUAGAAGAUACAGUGAACAGUUGGAGCCUAGAUUCAAGGUGCCAAGCAGGAUGACAAUUUACAGAGAUCUUUUAAUCAUCUACAAAGAUGAGAAAGAGAAGUUGAAGAAAUACUUCAAGGAAAGGUCAUACUGGAGUGGAUAUUGGGAAAAUGCUUGA